UAGUGAAAUGAGAAGGUUUUAAAGAGGUUAAAAAGGGCUAAAAAAUAGUACUAUGGUAUGGUUUUUUUCCGGGAAAAAAACGUCAACAGAACGGCCAGAAGGAGAAAAAGAAAAGUCAUCAAUGGAUAUGGUUUAUUCGGUGGAAGAAGCACCGGAAAUAUUUUAUAAAGAAUCUAUGGAUCCAUCUAGAUUACAUCCACUUGCGGGUCUUGGGAAAACGCUGGAUUAUUUUUCAUUAGAAGAUGGAAAAUUGACGAAUCUUCCAGGAGGGAAAACAGCGUUUCCUAGCCGUGGAUGGAGUGAUGAUCUUACAUAUGGAACGGGAACAGUAUAUUUAUCUGCACUUGGUAUUGGUGGUAUAUGGGGGGUUUUUGAAGGAAUAUUUAGGGCAUCUAAAGCUAUUUCGAUGCGUGUUAAGGUUAAUAGUAUUCUUAAUGCUAUGACGCGUAGGGGGCCUCUUCUUGGGAAUUCUGCAGGGGUAAUUGCUCUUGGUUAUAAUGCAGCUAAUUCUACGCUUGGAUAUUAUAGAGGAAAACAUGAUGAUUUGAAUUCUAUUAUUAGUGGAGGAUUAGCAGGUGCAGUUUAUAAAAGUACAAGAGGUAUUAAAAGCAUUGUUAUUGUUAGUGGUAUUUGUUCCGGAAUAGCUGGGAUAUGGUGUUUUUCAAAACGACUUUUUAUUUAGUUUUUUGAUAUAUAUAUAUACAUAAAAAAGACCUUUUGUUGUUAG